ACCGGAUCCGCUGUUGUUAUGAUCCGUUGCUAACCUAGCGGCGGUCCACUGUGUGGCUGCUGAAUGAAUGACAUCAUGCAGGUUUAUUUCGGUCUCCAUCUGCGACGUGACACCGUCACACACUAACGGUCGGACGUGUGUUUAGAAGCCGCCGGUGCACCCGCGACAGCAGCUUCCCGUUCACCACUCCGCGACUGUUUCCCGUGAGCUAGCAAGCUAGCGUUAGCCUCAGAGCGCGCAGCCCGGGUCGCUAACCCGCUAACGACGCCAAAGACGGGUGUGAUGGAUUGACCUGUUACGCGGUCGUUGAAUGGACGCUGAAGAGUAAUGCAGCAGAAGGUGUGCUCCAGAGGUUCCGGCUCUUCCCUCUCGGAGAGCAACGAGCAGCCGUGCUGCACCUCCGCCCGCUGCGACCUCCCCUUCCGCUGCCCCCGCUGCGGCGACGCGGAGCGCUUCCGCAGCCUGGCCUCGCUCCGCGCCCACCUGGAGUACCGCCACUCCUACCGCUCGCCGGACGUGACCUCCAGCAGCGGCUUCAGCAUCACCGGCAAGCUCCCCGACCCGCUGACGGCGGCCAUCCCCUGGCAGGACGCCAGCCUGCCGACGCGGAGGGGGGCGCAGGGCGCGUGGCGGCCGCCCAACGUGCGCUCCCUCAGCGACAGCAGGGACAGCGGGUACCCCCACUCCUACGGCUCGGCGAGGAGACGCACCCAGAGCGUCGGGGUGGGGACGCAAGUCGAGGACGACGACGAGGAGGAGGAGGAGGACGACGACGACGAUGACAAUGAAGAGGAAUUUGGGUCAGAAGAUGAAGACGAGGACGAGGACGACGAAAGGGAAGAGAGAGAUGGACGUAGAAAUGAGGAGGAAAUAACAAUGUCCUCGAAAAAGUCAGACACGUGCCAUCAUCACCUCAACCACCACCGCCACCUGCCGUUCCCUCCUUCGGCACCACUCGGCCGCCCGCCGGACCCGGACCUGGACGUAGACCUGGACCUGGUCGAGCAGAGCUCGUACUCCGGCUUCGAGGCGGCGGCGGCGGUGCGGCGGCGGCUGGCCCGCAUCCUGCGGGCGGCCGACAGCACCAUGCAGCGCCGGCUGGCCGCGGUGAGCACGGAGCUCGCGCAGACCGACACGGAGCUCCUGUGCGAGCGCGCCCACUCGCAGCACCUGGCCCAGGAGAGGCAAGAGGUGGCGGACCGGGAGAGGUCGCUGAGCCGGCAGGUGGACGUGGCCGUCAUGGUGAUCGCCGCGCUGAGGGAGCAGCUCAACGCCUCGGAGAACGAGCUGGAGCGGCGAGAGAGGGAGGUGAUAACCAUCCAGAAGUUUUUGGAGGCGGCGGCUCGGCAGGAGACGAGCGGGAAAGUUCGCAUCCAGCACUUCAUCGAGGAUCUGCUGAGACGCAUCGCCCUGGCCGAGGAACUGGUGGAGUAUUACCAGGUCAACGGCAGCCCGCAGCAGUGCAACCACUACAAGUACCAGCAGCCAACAGAUAAUGGACCUCAGAGAAUCACUAAAAGCAGGUCGGCGGGAGGUCAGCUGUCCUCCUCCGGUCUCCACGACAACAGGAGCCGCUCCUCCUCGCAGUUCGGCAGCCGUCCUCCGUCCUGCAAAGCGGGCGGCGGGGAGCGGGAGCGCGAGCGGGAGCGCCGCGAGCGUCUGGCCCAGUCGUCCAGGCUGUUCUGCCGACCCGAACACCGGGACGACAUCUGGAACCACCAGCGGCGCCGGUCGGCCGGGUACGAGGCGUAGAACUCAAGAAUCACCAGGGGGAGACGGCCGGUCGGCGAGUAAAAAAAUGUCAAUAAAAAAAAAAAAAAAAAAGAGGCGGGCGGUUAUUCCAGUGUGUUAAUCUGUGGAAAAGUACAGAAAGGUCACAUUCACGUCGAGUGGUCAGUUUAUUUAUCUGCUUCUUUUUAAAACAUCUCCUUGCUGAAUGUUAUUCGUUCUGUACUGAUGCACGCAGCUCUUAAUGCUUUAUUAACACUGACCUGUUUUGGCUAACGUCUCUAAACUCGCUAUGAUCUUCUUCUUUUUUUUAAAAUAUAUAUAAUUUUCUUAAUUAUAAACUUUUAUAAACCCAAUUUGUUUAGUAAAAGUCUUUUAUAGUCAAAUAAUAAGAAACUAAGGAGUAAUAUUACACUUUAGUGUGAAUGUCAGCAGCUUUAUUUCGGCAUUCUGAUCCUGAGUGAGAGAAUUCACACAAAACUCUGUUCACAGUAACGACCACUGCAGACAGGGUGACGUAUGCAAUGCAUAACUACUAUUACUGCACGACCACGUAUUCAAGUACACAACACUAUAUCAUGAGAAUAUUCUACUUCCAGCACUCUGUUGUUGAAUACUUUGUACUUUUCCACAGAUUAUGAUACUAAAAUAUGUUGCACUGGGUUUCAGCGGGUUGUGAGUGUGGUUUAACAUUACGCAUAGAUUGAUGACCGUUUGUAGAUUUUUGUAUUAUUUGUCAGCACAAAUCACAGUGUCCAUUGCAGUGUAAAACUUCAGGUAAAAAUAUGCUUGUCGUUAGAUUUUGUAGAAGCUCUGUGUGAUGUUGACGACAUGUUUAUGUCCCGGUUCUCCCCCCCGCCAAAAAAAACACUUAUCUGACCUCCGUCCGUGCUCGUGAGGCCAAACGGUCUUGGUUGUCGAGCUCCACGUGUCAAAGCCGUGCACACGGCGCAAAGGAGAAGCUGGUUUUAUACAGAACUCGGAUGGAGCAUAAGCUCACGCAUUAGAUUUAACAGUGUCGUGUAACAUUAAAUGCUACUGUUAGCAGGUCGGCUAGCUCGCGGCCCACAGUUCUAACCGACCGCCGAGGUGAUUCUGAGGCUUUCCGCACGUAUUUCUCCACUGAGUGGAAGACCGGCGCUGCAUCUUGUCUUGGUUUGUGCGCUCUGUUGCAUUUUGGGAUAACUGUUAAAAGGGAAAACACUUAAGUGGACAGGUUUGUUUUUUAAACUUUCAGCUUCAGCCUUUCGGCCUCUCAUUUGGUUUGUGAAGCACAGACAGGAGUUGACACCAGAUUCGGGUCAAUAAACUGCAUUUAAUUCUCUGCUUUGGUUUUUAGAAAGUGUCAAAUGGUAAAUGGACGUACGUGAGGAGUCUGAUGACUGAACAUAGAGGCAUGAUGGGUUUCUUUCUUUCGUUUAAAGUCCAAAUCGCACCCAUCAACCCGUUUAGGAUUUGUAGAAUAUUCCAGCUUCCUUUAAAGGAAUCUGUUUUGUUAAAGGUUUGCCGUCUUUGCCAGAGUAACCUACAGAGACGGAUAUCGGUUUGAUCUCAGUGUGUCCGCUAUGCGUUAGCCUAGCUUAGCACAAAGACUGAAGGUGAAACGUUUAGAGGAUUCCGUAGGAACCAAUGGGCUUGGAGGAGAACACGCCACACACAUAACGAAUGUAACGUUACCGUUUAACUACCACUGAAGAGAUUUAAAGUCGCCCUCAUUCCCACAGAAACGGGUGGAGAUCCUCCGAUCACAAAUGAAGGACGUCGUAUCAACGCUUUCAUCCAAAGUGACUUCCAGUGCCACGAACAGUUAAUUGCAGUAAACUACGAGGCUCUCGUGCGACGGGUCCUUCUGUGCGGUCCGUUUACACCUCGUUUUUUGCACUCAUCCAGUGAGAAGAAUGUAAACUUCAAAGACGGUAUUCGGUGUCUUCGCUGUCGUUGGUUUAGGUUUCGUUGGCCGUGUUGGUGGAUAUUUUGUAUACAAAGCUAUAAUGUGUCGUCAAGUGGAAGUAGUAGUCCUACAGUACUUUGACCCGCUAGAACUGUUCUCUGGGUCUCAAACACAAACCGCGUUUCUUUUUUCUGGUCUAUAAAGGGGUCAAUAUUCCUGAGAUUACAUCCGGUAAAUUCCUCACGAUGAAGAAUUCUUGUCUUAUUUUAUUAGACUGAUGUAUUGAAGUUUCAGUGAUGCCUGAUAUCAUACAUUCGUCUAAAUGUGUGUAGAUUAAUCCAGAGAUCCGUCGUGUGAUCAGAGUCUGAGUCUUUUAGCACUUUGUGAAUGUGUUCCUGCUGCUGUCAAUUAAAAAAAAAAAAAAGAGUCAUGUAGCAAACCUGCGUUCCCUGCAUGCGUCGUAGAGAAACCCGCCUUCUCCAGCAGGAAUCCUCCAGAGGAAACCAGCUUCCUCACAUCCAGACAGCAGACCGGCUGUGACCUCCGCUGGUCGAAUAGUAAAACCUUCAAUGAUUGUGACUGUUUUUUUUUCAAUGCAAACAGCAGCAGAACUCUAGAGAGGUGUGUGUGUGUGUGUGUGUGUGUGUGUGUGAACGUGUGUGUGUGUGCGCGCGGUGCUUUAAGAUCGUACUGAUUUAUGUUGUGUCAAAUUGUUGGUGGAAGAUGCAUGAGGCAGCACUACUACUACUACUACUACUACAUAUGUGGCUGUUGUGUAACUGUGAAAGCAUGCUUCAUAUGUAGCAAAAAAAGCAAAGUACUUAUACUGUUAUCAUGUACUACUGUGUGUACUUUUGUAGCAGAGCGAGGUCUAUUUUAACGGUGCCGUAUUCGAAGGACAGUUGCACUAAACCGACAGCGAGCACGUUGGACUGUGUGUGACGGGGACGUGUUGUAAAGAGGACAAUCAGCAGGGUUCAUGCACACGAGGGGAAAAGUUCUUCCUUGUACUUGUGUGUUUUGGGAUGUUUUUAGGAAAGUGUGCUCUGAAAUGGAGAGAAACAUAAACCGAACCAGUAUAUUAGGACUGCGGUGUUUGUUAGUUGGAUUAGGACACUACUACCUUUGUUGUCGGUAGAGAUUAAAGUUUUCUGUUGUUGUAAUAAAGUGCCCCCCCCCCCCCCUUCUCCCCCUGGUGGAUAUCCUUCAGUUUCUCAUGUCUGGUCGUAGGGAUUUUCUUUUGCAGAAGUGAUCUCUCGUUUUGUGCCUUCACUGAAAUUGUCUGUGUGACAGUUUAAAAUGCGAUACUGUGAAGAACUGGGAUACUUUUUUAUGUUGGAAAUUCGUCCGUCUGUCUCGUAACCAUCGACGAUUAAAGAACAAACGUGGCACCGA